UGGAAAUUGGAAUACAGUCUCCGUCGUGAGUGAUAGGCGGAAAUUUAUAGCAAUGGCUGCAGAAGCCAAGACUAAAAUAACCCACGAGUGUGAUAUGGUUGCUUAUACCCCCCUUUCAGAUCGGCGUUAAUGGACCUAGGGAAAAUAUAAGGCCACCAUGCUCGAUUUUACAUGGUAGGUAGUAGUAUGCGAAAGAGGGGAAGGGCGUAGGAAACAUACAAACGAGACAGCUGUUCAUCAGGCGUGAUAAUUUGGUUAUCAGAACAACCCAAGUCACAACUGUUGUUUAACCUAUAUACACGAUCAACUCGUCCACUUCAACAAGAUGCCUGGAGAUGACUUCAGCGAUCUCGCCGGGAAAGUUGCUAUCGUCACGGGAAGUGGUCGGCCCAACGGAAUCGGAGCCGCAAUCGCCAGAACACUAGCACGCAAUGGUGUUUCUGUGACCAUCAACUACGUCUCCGAGAGAUCUGCUAAGCCGGCGGAAGACUUAGCCCAGUCGAUCCGGGACGAGUACAAGGUCGGCGUAGCUGUAGUCCAUCAGGAUGUGUCGAGUCCGGAAGGCGCUCAACGAAUUGUUGCGGAGACGAUGAAGCAGCUAGGGGUGGACCAUAUUGACAUUCUCGUCAAUAACGCAGGACUCACACGUCCUGGUCCACUCCUGGAGGCCACAGUCGCAGAUAUUGAGAAGCAAUUCUCUGUCUUGGUGUACGGCCCGCUGUACUUAACCCAGGCGGUGGUUGGCCUGGGCAAGAUGCCGAAAGGAGGCAGGAUUAUCAAUAUCGGAAGUAUAGGCUCGAGGACAUUUCCAGUCGCCCUACCCGUCUAUGCAGCGGCCAAAUCAGCUUUGGACAUCCUAACUGUGCUUUGGGCUGGCGAGCUCGGCCGUACUCAUGGGAUCACGGUAAACACGGUAGCACCGGGCCCAAUCGCCACCGAUCUAGUCGACAAGACACCGGAGACGGCCUCGGAACUGGUCGUCCAGCAGCGAGGUUCCGAUCGCAUUGGGGAACCACAACAUAUGGCUGACGUAGUGCUACUGAUAGCGUCAGAGAAGAGCCGUUGGCUAACUGCGAAGUAUAUUGCUGUAGAUGCUGGUAUUCUUGGAAAUUGCUGAGCCCUGAAGAGCCGGAAGUAAAGGGGGAUUAUAAUCCAUUUUUAUGUAUUCAGUCUCCGCUCCGCUCUUAGCGU